AUGGAGGGACUAUUCACUCUGCUCGCCCUGAGCAUUGUGAUGGCAAUUACAUCCUUUGUCGUCGGCUCAUUACCUUUAGCUUUUACACUGUCCCCCUCUCAACUCCGCUUAAUAUCGUCUAUUGGUAUGGGCGUUCUGGUGGGGACAUCGUUGAUCGUCAUUAUCCCCGAGGGCAUUGAAACCCUCUACAGCGCAAACUCCCUCACUCGCAAGCAACACAGUACACGGUCUACCGCUAUCGAAUGGCAAAAUCAAACCCCGCCCGUUGCAGCUACUUUUGCCCCCAACGGAGACAGCGCCUCAAACCUACCAUCCGAUGCCCCUGUCCCGGGUCUCCUCUCGGAAAGAAAUCACCUCUUCGAGUCGCAAACACUUUAUAUCCGAAGCGAGGAUUCGGCGGGUGAAACAACGGGCAAGGAAACAAUUCACGGAGAGGAGGAGAGUUCCCCGCAUGCGUGGGUUGGAAUCGCCCUUGUCAGUGGUUUCAUUUUGAUGUAUCUCGUCGAUAAACUGCCCGAAUUUGCUGCGCCCACUAAGAACGAUCGCACACCUUACCAUAUCUCUUUGGAUAACCUUGGGUCCGGGUUGCGGCGAGGUUCCUCCCCGUCGCGUGAGGGUGGACUCCUUGAUGCGAACCACGCGUCCAGGCGUGGCCACAGUUUUGCCACCACGACCGGCCUCGUGAUCCAUGCCGCGGCGGAUGGUAUUGCUCUAGGCGCUUCCAGCUCGGAUGCCGGGCUCAGUUUUAUUAUUUUCUUGGCAAUAAUGGUGCACAAGGCUCCUGCAUCUUUCGGAUUGACAUCCGUCCUGCUCAAACAAGGGCUGUCAAGUCGCACCGCGAGAGCGCAUUUGCUAGUCUUCAGUCUGGCAGCUCCUUUUGGUGCCUUGGCUACUUUCCUCUUUGUACAGAUGAUGGGAUCUUCCAGUGCCGAUGAGGCAGGCACUCACUGGCGCACUGGAAUGCUACUGCUUUUCUCCGGUGGUACCUUUUUGUAUGUUGCAAUGCACACCAUGCAAGAAAAUGGCCCGGGCUCGUCCCCGCGCGAACUUCCUAUCAACGGAUAUGGUGACCGAGACCAGAAUGGAUCGGACAAGUCCAUGAGAGACUUGAUUGCAUCUGUUUUGGGCAUGAUCUUGCCGCUAUUCUUGCAGAUUGGACAUGCUCACUGA